UCUGAUAACAUGUCUGUGUACAGGAAUGCCAUCUGGUUUCUGAACGGAGUCCACCACUACACCAGGUCAGGGUAUGAGGCAGCAUCCAAGGACUUCCAGCCCCAGCAGCUGGACGUAUCUGUGGUGGGACGCUCCUUCAUGGUCACCGGGGCCAACAGUGGGAUCGGCAGAGAGACAGCCAUGGCAAUAGCCAAGAGAGGUGGGACCGUGCACAUGGUGUGCAGGAACAAACAGAAAGCAGAGGACGCCAGGUUGGACAUCGUCAAUGAGUCUGGGAAUACGGAGGUACACAUCCAUGUUGUGGACAUGUCAGAGACACACAAAGUGUGGGCGUUUGCAGAGGCCUUCAAGAAGCAGUAUUCAUCGUUGAACGUGUUGAUCAAUAACGCAGGCUGCAUGAUGCACAAGAGAGAGGCAAACGCUGAGGGACUGGAGAAAAACUUUGCCACCAACACUAUGGGGGUUUACAUCCUCACUCAGAGCCUCAUACCACUCCUACAGAAGAGCCGGGACCCAAGAGUGAUCACUGUGUCCUCGGGAGGCAUGUUGGUCCAGAAGCUCCGGGCGGAUGACUUGCAGUCAGAGACGGGAUACUUUGAUGGCGUCAUGGUCUACUCCCAGAAUAAGAGACAGCAGGUGGUGCUGACACAACAGUGGGCUGUAACCAACCCAACCAUUCACUUCUCUGUGAUGCACCCAGGCUGGGUGGACACACCAGCUGUUUCCACGUCGAUGCCUCAGUUCCACCAGAUGAUGGGGCAGAGGCUGCGCAGCGUAGAGCAAGGAGCGGACACUGUUGUAUGGUUGGCCUUGUCUCGAGCUGCAGCCAGAACAUGCAGCGGGCUGCUCUUUCAAGAUCGUAAACCCAUCGCUGCCCACCUGCCUCUGGCCUGGACUCACAGUUCUCCUGACAAGGUUCAGAGUUUCAUGACUCAGCUGGAGACUCUGUCCAGAGCUGCUCAGUCCCUACCAGAUCCAGAGCCUCAGCUCCCUGACGGUUCCCUGAACCCCUCCACAAUUACCACUCCUCAAGUCGUCUGAAUUCAACUGCAUCUGUUGCACUAUAUCACUUAAAAUUAUUACUAACAAUGAGAUCAGAUACUGGAAAAUGUGACAUUUAUCAUGUAUAGUUCAAUGUGCUUUCUAAUUAUGCUUUUUCACACUACAGACAGGUGGCUCAGUGUCACCUGAUUUGAACUGUUAACUGCUCUGUAUUAGCACGGGAAGUUAUAGACUAUUCAUUUAAUCAGUAAUUUCUUGAAAAUAACAAGUUACAUGUGUGUGAUAAGUGAGCCUGUAGAUGAUAAAAUGCAAUUUGCUGGAUUUUGAUUUCUGACUCACCGUUCUCGGAGCAUACACUGCAGGUGUCACUGGUGUUUGUUGAAAUUGUUUGUGGAAGCCAAUCUGCACAAUCUCCUUUAUAGCACUGACGAAGUUGUUACAAAUUGGCAUGAAAUAAUUACAAUGAAACAUUAAAAGCAGAGUCUAAUAGAUGCAAUGUGAAAAAUCACUGUCAUCAACACCAUGUAAAAUAUCUGAAUCCUGACAAAGAGCCGUUUCGGGCCUGAAACACAUUUCUUGAUGUAAUAAAUCAUUUUGAG